AUGAACGCCUGCAAGCUGGAAGAUCGGUCCGGCCAAAAGACCUUCGGGCCCCUACGCCAUAUCAAAGCUACUCUUCAGAAGGCUUAUCUCGGGUCUGGUGUCACAGGUCUGAAGGAUGAGAUCAAAUAUCUUAUGAACGCAGAGGAACUUACGGCAAAGUAUUCCACGCCCGUUCUUGAACAGCAGCAGAAGAUCGCGGAUCUGCGAUAUCCUGCCGAAUGGUAUCCGCAAGCCCGGUCGAGUCAGCGAACAAUUCACCUGCAUGUUGGUCCAACAAACUCAGGGAAAACUUAUCACGCGUUAAAACGGCUGCAAGCCUCCAAAAGUGGCUUCUAUGCGGGACCAUUGCGACUGCUUGCGCAAGAGGUGUAUCAUCGCUUCCAGGCGAGCGGCAUCCCGUGUAGUCUUGUGACCGGCGAUGAUGUCAAGAUUCCAGAAGGACAGAACCCGACUAUAGUGAGCAAUACAGUUGAGAUGGUGAACCUCGGGCAACAGUUUGAGGUCGGGGUCAUUGACGAAAUUCAAAUGCUUGCGGAUCCCAAACGUGGCUGGGCUUGGACUCGUGCUGUCCUUGGUGCGCGUGCAUCGGAACUCCAUCUUUGCGGCGAAACCAGAGUUGUGCCCUUGAUCCGUGAGCUUGCGGCUCUGACUGGCGAUAAACUUGAAAUCCAUCGGUAUGAGCGUUUGAAUUCCCUCAAAGUCAUGGAUCAAAGUAUACGGGGUGAUCUGCGAAAGUUACAAAAAGGCGAUUGCAUAGUGGUGUUCUCUCGGGUUGGCAUUCAUGCUCUGAAGGCCGAUAUAGAAAAAGUCACAGGCAGAAGAGCGGCGAUUGUGUAUGGAAGCUUACCAGCUGAGAUUCGUACGCAACAGGCCAGUCUCUUCAACGACCCGGACAACGAUUAUGAUUUCCUGGUUGCUAGCGAUGCCAUUGGCAUGGGAUUGAACUUGAGUAUCAAGCGCAUUAUCUUUGAGACCCUCGUCAAACGAGUCCCCGGAGGACUCGUGAGGCUCUCAGUACCCGAGAUUAAACAGAUUGCGGGUCGUGCUGGUCGUUAUCGCUCAGCCGCGCAGCAGAACAAAGACACGGGUGAUGAUGAACCGAAUGUCGGAUGGGUGACAUCGCUGGAAGAAGUCGACUUGCCAUAUAUCCAACAAGCUCUCGACAUUGAACCUCCCCCGAUCACUGCUGCCGGUAUCUUCCCUCCAGACCCUGUCUUCCAGAAAUUCGCUGCCUAUUUCCCCCGGGACGUCCCAUUCGAAUACAUCAUCAAACGCCUGCUGGAAGUCUCGCGGGUGCACCCCCUCUUUUUCAUGUGUGAUCCCCGCAGUCAGCUAGAAAACGCCGAAGUCAUCGACAGCGUGACUGGCUUGCCUAUUGAGGACCAGAUCACGUUCAUGGCUUCACCCAUGUAUACUCGGGACAAUUCGUCUCGUAAUGUCGCCAGUGCAUUUGCCGAAUGUGUUGCGGAACACACAGGUGGCAGGCUGCUGGACAUCCCCGACUUGAAUUUGGAGGUCUUGGAAAAUGCAGUCUCCGGAAGCAAAGAGUACCUGCAUGAGCUGGAAGGUCUACACCGAUCUGUCAUCCUGUAUUCGUGGUUAAGCUACCGCUUUGGGGGCGUCUUCACAGACCGGACCCUCGCAGGACAUGUCAAGAAAAUGGUUGAAGAGAGAAUGGUCAGAGCACUGACGGAGUUCUCUGCCAACAAGAAGCUCAGGAAGGACGCGUCUCUUCGCCGCCAGAUCGCCUUGCAGAAGCAGAUUGCGGAGCAUCAGCGUCUUCUUAAUGCGGCAAAUAUUGACUCGAUUGAGGAAGAGGGCGAUGGAGAACCCGUCCCUCUUGAUGUUUCGACUGAGGACGAUGCCUUGGAAAGAACUGCUCCUGAUGCAGAGCGGCUCUAA